AUGGACGAUCCUUCGAGACAAGACUCUUCCCGCCUACCCAAGGCCUUCGAAAAGCGUCGUCAGCAGAAACAAUCGGACGCGACUGCGGCUUCUUCAAGGGCUGUCUCCUUGGAACAGGCCAUGAUAGCUAACCUUCACCUCGAAGAAAGGCUUGAAGCUGAGUCUAAAGGAGAGCCAAUCGAGGCCUGUCUUAAGCGAAUGCUUUCAACCAAGUCAACAAUCUCUACGGCUUCGUCUUUUGCGAAGCGUCAGCAAGCGUCGGUUGGCGUCGCUGCAAAAUUCCGGGAGAUCGGUACAGGCUCCAUCGGCAAAGUGUUCGAGCAUCCCGGCACCACGUUCGCCUACAAGCUGUCUCUCACGAAGCAGCAUGAUAAGUUGUGGAACAACUACAUCAUGCACAAGCGAAGUGAGACCGCGUUCAAUUCGCUUAAGUUCUAUCCUGCCUGGACAGGUCGAAAUUCCCAGAUGUUUCUGGUUCGCCACGCCGACUACCCAGGGCUUCUGGGGAGAGAAUCUCGACCUGUUUCCAGAUGUAUCUGGAUUUCCCCGCAAGCCGAAACAAAUUCUCUGUAUGGAAAGGAUCUUCCCUCUUCCGAAGCUCGUCCCCUCCUAGCCUCCGUUUCUGCGGAAUGGCAAACAUCUUUCGAGAAGCGUAACUUCAAGUAUUUAGCGCUUACGCGGCUUCAAGACAUCACGAUGCUCGAAGACUUCGUCGGUCCUCGUCGUCAGAUGUACGUUAGUGAGAUCUGGCUCCAUGUGCUCUUAGCACCAUACACUUCUGGAGAGCUCUGCGAGGAGGAAGACGAAGAGAUAUUGCACAACAAUGAAAUUCUCGACGAGCACUUGGAAUCUCUUUUUAGGACGCUUUCAAAAUGGCAACUAGGCUACGGCAAUGAGAAGAAUUCCGGUGUUCAUCUCCAUUUCAGUGCUGAGGCGUCUGAUGACUACGACAAUCUAUUCAGGAGUAAUGAUCCUCUCGGGGAACUCUACUAUGAUCUCGAGCUUGCUGAAGUCUUGGGGGCAAACAAGCGUAUUAUGGGAAAUCUUCUCGACUUUGAAAAUGAAACCUCCGCAUCAAGCCUGACAAGCCCGGCCGAACCUGGGUUCCCUGCGGUUCUGAGGGUUCCGAUAGUCAAAGAGUUCAGCAUUAGAGACGAACUCUACCGAAGUUUAUCAGCAGGAGCCAUUCGCUUUCUUCUUCUCAGCUUGGACAAUCUGGAAACCAUUAAGUACACAUCUUGGCGGGGCAUUGACAGAAGAGACAGAUACCAGCGAGAUAGGGCAAAUGUGGCUCUGCUUGAAAGUCUCCCACCUACGGCAAAGAGUGUCAGUUCAAGGGAGGCUCGACAUGACAAGUUCCAUGGGCCGUUCGACGAGCCUGGUCCCAGCCGCGAUAUUGCUCGGGUGGCCGUACUGGCAUGCUUUCAUCUAGUUUCCUUCAGCUCGCUGUCUGUUCUCGACGCCAUGCAUUUCUUCAAUGAAGUUAUUCAACUAUCCAUGCCGCCGAUGAUGGAAUAUCUCGACCGCUGGUCAUCUCUCGAAGCGGUGGCCCUCACGUCUCCCUUCCUUAAUUCAAAGCUAGAUGAGGCAUACACUCAAGGCCUACUUCAACAAGCAGCUGCGGCCGCAAUGCACUUGCCAAAUCUCAAGGUCAUGGAACUGUGGCAGACCUGGAAGCCUGCGGCGAUCCUGUUCCGUUACGAAGUGUCGGGCCACACAGUCGAGGUCUCGUAUGGCGCAUCAUGGGAUCUGAAGUUGCAUCAGGAUAUUUGUGAUGGAUGGGAGGUGGCGAAACAUCAUGGAAAUCUCUUUUUUGAUAUUCAGCUCAAGGUACUCGACAUUCCUGCCAGUGCUGAUAUCGAUGCCAAGCUUCGUGUCAAUUCAUAUUAGAGGGAAAGUGUCGGACCAAUUUUCUAAGCGUCUAUAUUUGCCUACAAGUAUAGCUUCUUUGUAAUGCUGCCCAUCCAUUUAAUAAACAGCUUAAUGGCCUUCAGUCUUUACAAAAUCUUGACUGAGCCACCAUUAGCAGCAAUGACACUUCCAUUGAUCCAGCGCGCCGCCUCGCUCACAACCAGACCCACAACUUUGGCAACAUCAUCUGGAAGUCCGACUCCAUUGUGAAUUGAUUUCCCCUCGCUCAGAACCCUCAAUGCGGCUUCGCGCAUAUCCGGCGAUGCACUCCCAGUGAGCGCAUCCGUCGCCGUACCACCCACUGAGAGGGAGUUCACUGUAGUUCCCAGCGUCUUUGUGUCCUGG